UGAUAAUCCCUAGAAGAGGGAUCCUUGUUGUUAGGGACCCUCCAGGCCAGGCCAGUUUACCUCAGAUACCGGGAAUUAUCGGGAUGAAUAUAAUAAAGUCCUACUAUCUUCAGUUAUUUGACCAGUAUGGCCCUGAUUUGUUUAAACUCCCUUCUAUACUAGGGGCUCCCACUUCCUGGCUUCCUGCCUUUCAGUUAUGUCAGCAGGCUGAGGUUCAAAAAGGCCAUAUUCAAACCAGUGUUGCAAAGGUUCGCGGUAGAAGACCUGUUGUAGUUCCUGGAGGCACUACUAAAUUUGUACCUGCCACUUGUUCAGCCAUGUUGGCACAGGCUGGCGGAGCAUUAAUCGAGCCCUUAGAGGUAAAGUUUGGCUUGCCUGAGGGUUUGUUGGUGUCUCUUUCCCUUUUGCAGGUUUUUCGGGGCACUGUUUAUGUUCCUGUGGUGAAUGUAGGGGUGUGUACAGUCACACUAAGACCCCGUUGUGCUCUGGGUGUCAUGUCUCCUGUAGAUGUGGUUAGCUUACCGUCAGAGUUGCAGGAAGUUCCUUGUGUGCAGGAGCAAGUUAUGGCUGCUGUCAGGUCCCAUACUGCUGAGACUGGUUUGGUUGAAGGGAAGACAGCAUCAAUUAAUCUCUCUAUGCUGGAUAGAGAAGAGCAGUGUAAAGUGAGAACAUUGUUGCUAAAGUACCAGUCUGUGUUCUCUGCUUUCGAUGGCGACCUUGGUGUUACCAUCUUAAUCGAGCAUAACAUCCCAUUGUUGGACGAUGUUCCUGUGCGGCAGCGUUAUCGGCGUAUCCCUCCAUCUGAAUAUGAGGCAGUUAAGUCUCAAAUUAAUCAGCUGCUGGCAACCCAGGUUAUCCGAGAGAGCAGUAGCCCUUACGCAUCACCGAUUGUCCUGGUCCGAAAGAAGGAUGGCAGUCUGCGCCUCUGUGUGGACUACAGGCAGCUUAACAAAAAGACCAGAAAGGAUGCUUUUCCACUACCCCGAAUAGAAGAAACCUUGGACUCCCUAUCGGGUGCCCGCUGGUUCAUAACCAUGGACCUUGCUUGUGUCUAUAACCAGGUCCCAGUGGCAGAGGAGGAUCGCCCAAAACAGCCUUCUGUACGCCAUUUGGCCUCUUUGAAUUCAAUCCUAUGCCAUUUGGGUUGUGCAAUGCACCAGGAACUCUUCAGCGUCUGAUGGAGAGGAUGUUCAGGGCUCAGCAUGGCCAGUCACUCUUGUUAUACCUGGAUGAUAUUGUUGUGUUCUCUUCCAGUGUUGAUCAGCACUUGGCACGGCUGGAGGUGGUGCUAAGUUGCCUGAAACAAGAGGGAUUCAAGGUGAAGUUGGAAAAAUGUGACUUCUUUAAAAAGCAGGUUCAGUACCUGGGACAUCGUAUUUCAGAGGAUGGCGUGGCUACAGAUCCAGACAAGAUCACAGCAGUGUCAGACUGGCCCCACCCUACCAAUGUCCCGGAGCCGAGGUCAUUCCUGGGGUUUGCUAAUUAUUAUUGAAGGUUUGUGGAGGGAUUCUCUCACCUGGCUGGUCCGCUUCAUCGUCUUGUUUCAGCACAUGCUGGGUCAAAGACAUCUCGAGGACGAGGGAAACCAUUGGCAGGAGCAUGGUCAGAAGACUGUGAAAGGAGCUUGCAGGAGCUCAAGGCUAAGCUUGUAAAUGCUCCCACUCUUGCUUUUGCUGAUUUUUCACUGCCUUUUAUUUUAGAGAC